AUGACUGCCGCCGCUGCCGCCUUUGACCCGGCUGCCCCCGAUGAGACAGCCAUCCGUCUCUAUUACAACACAUCCACGGCCCAGCUCGCCCUCGCACUAAAGGCUGCCACGGAUGCUGCGGACUCAGACUAUGGCUUUGCCGCAAGUGACAUCGACCUUGAAGGAUACAUUGUGCAUGGUUCCGAACUUGCUGUCACCAAUUUGCGUGGUGUCAGCGUGGUGCUCGCUAUGACCGUCCCGAAUGUGCCGGGUGGCAAGGCUACAGACAACAGCAUCUCGAUUGUCUCUCCCGUCUAUAUGUCACUCAAGACCACCGACAUAACCAACACCAAGGUCGGAGCCUCAUCAUCAGCCAACGCAGCCUGGGUCUACUUCCUUUCCGGAACGGAGUCCAACGUCUCUCUUAAGGAACUUCAUCUCGUCACAGGCAAUACCACUACAUACCCCAUGGAUAGUCCCGUUGCCUCCAACAGCUCCCUUGGCGCCUGGUACGAUGAAGGCCAGGAUGAACGAUUUGUUGUAUACCAGACCAGCGACAGCAACCGCUUGACCGAGUUUAACGCCAUCCAAAGGUCUACCGCUGCAAUCAUGGCCACGAACGAUGCUCGAGCAAAGACCUCCGUUGCGGCGGUUCCUUUUCAAGGCAAUGUGUAUCUGUACUACGCAGAUAGCAGUGACAACCUGCGCAGGGUCACAAGGGCUAACGGCCAAUGGGGCACUUCGGCAGUGGUCCGCGACAGCCCGCCAGUUGGCAACGGUCAAAUCACCGUGACCGCUGCAAAUGGGUUGAAUCAUGCCGAGACCGGAGACACCUUCCCGAGAGCAGGGUCUCUCGGACAUGUAGAGGAACAGACUGCUAGCAUAUCCGCAGAUGAUGUCAAGACGGGAGGAAUUCGGCAUGAUCCCAUCCCUCUGACAGAUCUGGACCAAGGCAUUAUAGGCUGGGACAGUGAGAGCGACCCCGAAAUGCCCUUAAACUUCAACAAGUGGAGGAAGUGGACACUUGUGGCCUUGCUAUCGGUCAUGACUCUAGUCACGCCCUUGGCAUCGUCAAUCCUCUCGCCUGGACUGGCAAGACUUGAUCAGGAAUUCCACAACGAGAGCGAGAUCACAUUAGGGGGCGGUGUCAUCGGUGAUCUUUUCAGGGCAGAUGAACGCGGUCUUGCUAUGAGCGCCUGGAUCUUGGGACCUCUGUUCGGGCCCACGAUAGGACCCUUAGUCGGAGGCUUUGUAGCGGAGACGAUCGGGUGGCGUUGGGACUUUUGGAUCGUCCUGAUUGUCGCCGUCAUGCUCACCGUGGUGAUUGAGUUUUUGAACGAGGAAACGAGUCAUCACGUCCUGAUCGAGCGCAAAGUUGUCCGCCUACGGAAAGAGCUGGGCAGGGAUGACCUGCGGAGCUGCUAUGCUGCCACUGAAACGCGGACCAAGCACCGGAUUCUACUUGACGGCCUCCUUCGACCCACCAAGAUGCUCGUCCUAUCGCCGCACGUGUUCUUCUUGUCAUUAUAUAUCGCCUUUGUCUACGGCACCCUAUACCUACUCUUUACGACCAUCCCCGUCAUCUUUAUGGACACAUACGGCUUUAACGUCGGCUACACUGGGCUAGUGUACCUCUCUAUUGGCGCCGGAAACUUCCUCGGCUGGAUAGUGAUUACCUUCCUCUCAGACAAGACCAUUGUGCGCCUCGCCGAAGCCAACGGCGGUAAGUUUGAGCCUGAAAUGCGACUUUCGACAUCCAUCUUCUUCGGGUUCUUCCUCCCCAUCACCUUCUUCUGGUACGGGUGGACUACAUACUACAAGACGCACUGGAUUGCACCGAUUCUCUCACUUAUGCCUUUCGGAUUCGGCGCCCUCGGGCUGUUCUUGCCCAUUACGACAUACCUGGUAGACUGCUAUCCGCACUACGCCGCCUCGGCUAUUGCGGCGAAUACCGUCCUGCGAAGUCUUGUCGGCGCAUUUCUUCCACUGGCCGGUGGGAGCUUGUACCAGUCGCUUGGGCUGGGCUGGGGCAACUCGCUGCUAGGUACGGGGGACGUCUAA